CUUGUUUUCAAACCCAGACGCAGGCUCACAGCAAUAAAGAUGGCGGCGCUGGGGUCCGCCAAAUCCGCUGGAGGCGGGCAGAGAAGCGCUCCUCUGAGUCUGGAGGAGGCCCGGUGCCCGGUGUGCUCCGAGAUCCUGCUGGAGCCGGUGACGAUGCCCUGUGGACACUCGGUGUGCCUGCACUGCUUCCAGCGCACGGAGAAGCUGACCAGCCUGUGCUGUCCGCUGUGCCGGCGGCGGGUGUCCAGCUGGGCCCGGAGACAGUCCCGGGAGAAGAGCCUGGUGAACGCCGAGCUCUGGGAGCUGGUCCGCCGCAGCCACCCGGAGAGAUGCAGGCGGAGGCUGGAGCAGAGAGACGGACAGACCGCCGACGGAGAAGUGUUUCGUGCACCUGUACCAAUUCAUAAAUCUGGAGAAAUGCGUCAAGAGUACGAGAAACUAAAGAUGAAGGGUGGAAGCAGUGAAGAAACCGAAGAGAGAAAGAAAAAGAUCCACAGAAAAGAAGAGUGUGGGAUGCUGAAACUCUGUCAGUAUCCUUUCUGUGGGGUGUCAGACUCUGAGAAUGAAGAGCCGGUGGGAAAGAGGACCAGACAUGUCUCAGCAUUUGUGCGAAAAACAAGAUGCUCCCCUGCUUUCAAUAGAGGUAAAAAAAAAAUGAGCCUAGAUAAGAGACACCACUGGCGGGGCAUCCACACCUCAUCCUCGUCACUCGUACUUCAAACAAAACCAGAGAGGUCCAUUAGCCCUGAGAGCAACGAUAGCAUAUCGGAAGAACUCAACCAUUUCAAGCCUAUUGUCUGCUCGCCGUGCACUCCACCCAAAAGGUUGCCCGAUGGGCGACUUUUGGAGCCUACGAUCGUGAAGUCAACCCCAAGGAACUUGACACACACUCUGCAAAAGUCCACAAGCUAUGAGGCCAGCCCGACCAUCUUGCAGAAGUGGAAGCAGAUUGAAGUUGAUCGUCAGUGCAUCAAGGUGACCUCAAAAGGUACAGUCACGAGUCCGAUCGCAGAGGAUCUAAGCCUUAAACUGAGUCCCGUUGAAGAACAGGACCGCCGACUCUGCAGCUGUGCUGUAGCCAAGGACAGCUCGCAAGAUCAUCAGUGCAUUUGUGAUUCAAGUGCUAAGGAUCAGAAGGAUAAACCUGUAGUCUGUAAUAAACUACGGCUUGUAUUUGAUCAGUGUAGCAAACAGGAAGGUACACAGCCUGCUAGCGCUCACAUCAGGUCAACAACUCAAACCAUUGCAGAUACUUUAUCCGCAAAAAGGCGUAGCAGAUGUGAAGAACUCUGCGAACCCACAGAAUUUUGUGAAGCAAUGCUUGAUAAACACGCUGGACACUGUAAACAGGGUACGAAAGACCCCGAGAACUUUGUAAAUGAGCCUACCACCAGGAGCUGUGUACUUAACAGACCUACCUCAAGAAGGGGCAAGAAGAGAAGCCACAAAACCAAACAUUUGGAAAAUACCCUACAGACAAAAAUGUCCCGGACAGGUGCCUAUGACAGGAUUGAUGAUAUGAUUGUCCAGCGAAUGAAUCGGGAUAAGGAGGACCAAGAACUGGCACAAAAGCUACAAAGACAGUUUGACAGAGAAUGUCAAAAAGUGGACAGGCACAAAAUGAGUCGUGACAAAUACGAACUCCGGUCCUGGGCUACAAAUGAUGGGACGGCAGGACACAAUACACGCAGAUCAGGAAGAAUCUCCAAAAGAAAUGAGCACUUUAACUACAGCUGUUAAAGGGACCUCCGGUUAUGGUAGUGUUUUAUUGUAAUGAUUUGUUACAGUCACAAGCAUUUUUCUUUGUUGAGGCACUACAGAGGCUUUCUAAUAUCUGGAUUAAUAUUGCAAGAUAAGGCAUUUACGUUUUUGACUUUUCAUCCAAAGCAACUUGCAUUAAUUGUGUCCACCUUGAUCAGAGGUGGCCAAUCCUGUUCCUGGAGAUCUUAAAAAGUUCAGCUUAAACCCUGAUCAAACUCAACUGAACCAGCUAAUUAAGAUCUUCAGGAGCAUUUGAUAAUUACAGACAGUUGUGUUGGAUCUGAACUCUGCAGGUUGAUCUCCAGGAACAGGAAUGGGCACCCCUGACCUAGAGCAAGCUGGGGUUAAGUGCCUUAGCUUGGGGCAAAAUGGUGGUAGGACAAGUUUGGACUCUCAGCAACUUUCCCAUUUAUGGGGAUCUGGAUUUGAAGCUGCAAUGUUUUGUUUCAAGCUCUGUUACUGUUUAACUGGCUUCUACUACUCAAAAAGAGAGGAAACCAUGUAUAUGUUGUUCGGGGGAAGAAAAAUGUACAGAAUUAUUUAUACGGCUUUUUAGUACUUCAAUCCAGUGAUGACAGUACUCCUUACAAUCCCUUUGUGCUCAUCACAAUCACAAUUGCUCCUCAAGAAGUUUGUUUGCAUGUUUAACGGUUAUUAUAGGACAUUUGUUGAACCUGAAGGUGUUUCGUACAAAAUUGUAGCAUAACACCUUUUAUUUUGCGUUACCUGUUUCCAGUGUCUUUGAAAGAUUUCUCUUGACACCUCCAUCUAUCAGACAACUCUUUUGUUAACAAUUUACGUGGAAACGAGUAAAAAUUGUAGCCUUAGGCUAGAAAACUACUCGACACGAGUACAUGGAUGCAAAUGCUUGCUCAACAAUUUGCAAGACCGCAGUCUUGUUGUACGUAACCUGUUUACUUCGUUCUUGUUUUACUGUGGUGGAAACAAACCUCAGUAUUCAAGGCAGGGAUAGAAUUGCCUUCAAAUGUUUCUGCCAUUAACCAAAAUGUAUUUUUAGUUCUCCCUGUGUGAUAUGGUUAUGAGAUAGCAGCAACUUGAGUUUAAAAGAGUACAAUAGUUUUAUCUAUCAUGACUCUGGAGAAAAAUGGAGCAGAUGCUGGACAAAGAUGAAGCUUUCUAGAACGCAUGUGUCGACCACCUGCGUUCGCAGACUUCG